AAUCUUAAGUAAUCAUAACUUUAAGAUUUGUUUGCUUGCUUAGCUCCUUUUUUCUGCUAAUUUCUCUUUAUUCAUAGUCCGAUCUCAUCAUCUUAAUCAUUACAAUGGCAGUUGAAGGAAUAACUGAAAGCAGUGUAACUGGAAUCUUGAAGAGCUUGGGUUCUGUUGUUGCCAAGCAUGUUGUUAUGGCUCGGGGAACAAAAGACGCAAUGCAAGAGCUUAAAGAUAAGUUGGAGAUGAUCCAAGCAGUAACCUAUGAUGCUGAAAAAAAACAGGUGACCAACCAUGCUGUGAAACUGUGGCUAAAGUUGCUCAAGGAAGUUGCGUACGACGCUGACGAUGUGCUGGACGAAUUUUCUUAUGAAGUCAUGCGUCAAAACGCGAAGGUACGAGUCUUGGUCCCAUCCUCCGGCAACCCAUCUGCACUAUUCUUUUAUAAGAUGUCACGUAAAAUCAAAGAUAUCAAUAAAAGGUUAGACGAUGUUACUACAUGUAUGUUAAAAUUUAAUUUGGAAUCUAAUGACAGAAUGGAGUUUGAUCAAGAUAUUGAGCAACAGGAUCGGAUGACAGCGUCCUUCAUAGGUGAUUUUAAAAUUGUCGGAAGAGAAAACGAUAGAUCUCAUAUUGUGAACAUUUUAUUGUCUUCAUUUUCGUCGUCUGAAAAUAGUAGUCCACGGGAAAAAAUUCAUGUUGUGUCAAUAGUGGGCAUGGGGGGUCUAGGGAAAACCACGUUAGCUCAAUUUGUUUACAAACAUGACUCAAUAGAUAGAAAUUUCAAAACAAAAGCAUGGGUCUGUAUUUCUGAUAAUUUUGAUAUCUACAAGAUCUUAGAAAAAAUAUUAGAGUCCUCUACUGAAAAAAAGAGUCCUAGUAUGUCAAAUGUCAGUGUACUAGUGAGGGAAGUCCAGGAACUUAUUGCUGGGAAGAAAUACUUGAUAGUGUUGGAUGAUGUGUGGAAUGAGAAUGCCGAAGACUGGGAUAAGCUUAUGAGUUUGUUAAGUGUGGGUGCUCCGGGGAGCAAAAUCUUAGUAACUACUCGUAGUGAGCAUGUUGCAGCUAUUGUUAGAGGUACAAUUCCACCGUACAAUUUAACAGCUUUAUCAAAUCAAGAUUGCUGGUUGAUUAUCAAGAACAAAGCAUUUUCACCCGGUGGAGCGCUGGAGACUGAAACUCUGACGAAGAUUGGAGAGGAGAUCGCGACAAGAUGUUCGGGUUUACCACUUGCUGCUAAUUUUCUAGGAAGCCUGAUGCGCUUGAAACGUAAGGAGUCUGACUGGUUGGCGAUCCGAGACAAUGGUAUUUUCAAUAAGCCAGAAAAUCCAAAUAGAANAAUACAAAUACUGAAGUUGAGUUUCGAUAAUUUGCCUUCUCAUUUAAAACAAUGUUUUUCAUAUUGUUCUUUGUUUCCUAAAGAUUGGGUAUUUUAUAAGUUCUCCUUGAUUGAGCUGUGGAUGGCUGAAGGAUUUCUGCAUGUAUCUAAUGGAAGAGGAUAUCAAAAGUCACUACAAGAUAUUGGUAACGAUUAUUUCCAUUGUUUGUUAUCGAAUUCUUUCUUUCAAGAUGUAACAAAGGAUAAGCUUGGCGACAUAGAGACAGUCAAAAUGCAUGAUUUGGUACACGAUCUUGCGCUAAGUGUCGUUGGCAGUCAUGAAGCCAUGAUUCUGAAUGCAAGUGAAAUAAAAUAUUAUGCAUCUGAUGUUCGUCGUGCACAAGUAGUUCUCGACAAAGAACCAUCUCCUAAUGUGUUAAAUAGCGCAGAGAAGUUGCGCACACUGUUUUGCAAAGAAGAAGAUGAAUUACAGCUGGGUCCAAUAAGUAACAAGCGCUUACGAGUAAUAUUUUCUCUCGGUAAUAUCAGUCUAGAAAUUCCAUCCACCUCUUUUAAGUUCAAGCACUUGAGGUACCUUGAGCUCAUCUCUCCCACAACUCGAAAUGUUCAUCUUUCUUCCAUCAGUCAACUCUACAAUCUGCAGGUUCUGAACCUUCGGGGAUGCGAAGAUGUGGUGAAAAUACUCAAAAAGCUUGGGUCUUUAAUUAAUUUACGUCAUCUUAACCUCUCUCAAUCGGACGUGGAAGUGCUACCUGAUUCCAUCCUUAGGCUCACCAAUUUGCAGACUUUAUAUAUGAGACGUUGUGAAUAUUUAAAAGCCUUGCCGGUGGACAUCGGGUCUCUCCAACAAUUGUCAGUUCUUGAUGUUUCCGGAACACCUGUCAAAGACUUGCCCGAUUCAGUCGCUAGCCUCUACAACUUAAGAAGGUUGGAAUUCCACAAUUGCAAGGGCAUAGAGUCAUUACCGCAUAACCUUGGAGCGCUGACACAAUUAAGGUUACUUGAUUUGUCGGACACUAAAGUCAAAGAACUGCCAGAUUCUUUCACAAGUAACAUCUGCAAUUUAGAGGUAGUGGACCUCGGAGAAAAAUGUAAGUUCCCAAAAGACAUUAAUAAUUGGGUGCAAUUAAGAAGUCUCAGAUACAGCGGAAAGACAAGCGAGGCCAUAAUGCCUAGAGGUAUAGUAACUCUAACUUACCUCAGAACAUUAGUGCCUUACAUUGUGAUGAAAAGAGCAGUUACCAAUAUUACUUGUAGCAGUAGUAUUGAGGAAUUAGCAGCACUGAACUAUCUUCGGGAGUUACAAAUAUGUAAUCUCGAGAAUGUGAGAGGCGGAACAGAAGAAGCACAGAGAGCAAAGCUUGAAGACAAUGAGGACCUUCGAGAGUUGAACCUAUUCUGGAAGCGCUAUUAUGGUGAUGAAGAAAUUCGAUAUUUGAAUCAAUGUUUUAACCAGAAUUUGCGCCGUGAUGACGACAUAGAGCUCAAAUUUAGAAUUCUGAAUGAUAGCAUGGUGUUAGAAGGUCUCCAACCUCACCUCAGCUUGGAGAAACUGUAUAUCUUUGGAUUUUAUAGUCCGAAGUUUCCCAAGUGGGUGAGCGGUAGCUCAUUGUCUAAUUGUCUUCCGAAUUUGGUGACCGUGGAGUUAGAGCACUGCUAUAAUUGUGAGAAGCUUCCAGCACUGGGUAUGUUACCAAGUCUUAAGAAUCUUAUCAUUUCAGAAUUUAAUUCUGUGAAGCGCUUAGGUGAUGAGUUUUAUUACGAGCAAGAGGAAAGCAGCAUAGUAAGUGAAGACGGCUACGAAGACACAGCAGCAGCAGCAGUGACAACAAGAGCAUCAUUAUUUCCCUCAUUAGUCUAUUUGGGAAUCAGUGGAAUGUACAAAUUAGAAGAAUGGAUUGUUCCUCCUCCGUCACCUUAUUAUGUUGAUUGCUUCCCCUUCCUCGAGAAUAUAGAGAUCAGUUGCUGCCCUCUUUUACAGUCUUUGCCGGAUAUUUCAAGUGGCCCGACAAUUAUUGUUAGAGGGUGCCCCAAAAUUGACGAUAGUGGUUGCACCAUGAUAAUCAACGGCGGAGCCAACCCAUGGCAAUGAUAGGCAG